AUGUGCCAACCAACAUGCAUGCUGCUCCUCGCGGAUGGGUCGACGAUCGGAGGCUUCCAUAUUGCUUCGGACUCGUGCUCCUCCAAGCAACACACAAAUUCACCCAUUCGACUAACAGCAUGUGUUGUCCUUGAGCCAGACGGGCACUGCUACUCGUACCUAUCGUCGGAAACUCUAUCGACGUCGUUGACCGUGCAGCGCUUCACGUGCGCGUCUGCUCCCUCUGCGCACAUUCCACUUCUCCGUCCGGUACUGGCAUUCCGCAACAAAUACUCGCUCGAUCGACCACUGUACCUGCACCAGCAUCACCUGCUCGCGUCGACUCUGCAAUGGCAAGUCGGUCAUCCAUGUCGACCACAAGGCGCCAUCUCCGCCCGCUGGCGUUGCGGUACGUUCCACAUAUCCCGCAUGGAAUGCGCCGAUGGACUGCGCCUCCAGUCUCUGGACGGCAUGGCCAGCGUCACGUACAUGACUCAGUCGACGCACUUCUUCCACGCGUCCUUUCUUGCGCCGGUCGAGUACCACGGCUCCGACCAGCAUCUUGCCGGACGCGGGUUGUUUACCCGCGUGGAGCAGUGCUUCACCCGCCACAACGUUCCAAAAGCGUUUGCUUACUCGGCACAGGUUCUACAGCACGCCGCGGCCGCCAUCUCCGACGGCCGACAGUCCUUUGCCUACCAUGGGGGCGAAGAAGAGCCAUCAAGCACGAAUGUAUCGUCAUGUCAACUGCCAGGGAGCUACGUCGUGACCCACCUCCCCACCAACAUGGCCUUCACAAGUCGCCCCAAUUGGACCAUGUUCCGACCUUCUGCAUCAUCCACAUGCAUAAUGUCCCCAUCUGAUGUGUUUUCAUUAUGCCGACGGUAUCCUUCUAACCAGGCCAGCGCGGUCGUCGCUACAUCCAGCACCCUCUUAUCCGGAUUAUGCCGAGUGGAAUGGACUCGAACGGCCACGUUUAUGGCGUUCCCAUCGCAGCUCGUUUGUGUCCAUGUGCACGUGGACGACUCGGCUAUUGAGUGCACUCGCAGCGGUUUCUUUCACCACCGUCGAGGCGCCCAAGACCAUUGCUACACCGUCGACGCCAUCCCGUCCCACCCGCCAUUCCAUCCCCAACCCAACGUGACACUGUUCUACGAUGUCACAGACAUUUGCCUUCGCGCUAAACGGCGGUGCGAUGUCCUGACAGAAGCCAGUCCUGCAGACAAUCCCGACGCCCCCCUGCUGCUUGCUCCCCAUCAAGUUGUCGAGGAACAGCACACGCCGAUGGGUCUCUUCCGCGCGUUCGGCGAUGGCCGCGUUCGUGUCUUGUUCCGCGAUCGCGCCAUUCUCUCCAUGGACCCUCAAGCCAAGUUCUGCUCGCUCUUGUUGCCGUCGGGGGACAGCAUCACACUGCUUGCGACAGCUCCGUCCCCACAACAUGCAAGGUACAGGAAGGUUCGCUAUUGAUCUGAAUCAACGCACUACCGGACGUAGGUACCUCGUGGCGGCACAAAGCUUCCAGCAAUGGGCAUUUCAGACACCCGUUGAGCGCGCCGCGUACGUGCGUAAGCUGCAGCAGCAACAGGACAUCGUCGACGACGAGCUGCGGCGGACGCGGCAGUUCGUACGGGACAGCAGCAUAUACAUGAAGCACGACCGCGGCGACUACGAUGAUCUGCGACGGACAAAGCAGCAUUGGAGUGUCCAAGUUGCGCUUCAAGCCACAACCGCGCACAUUCAGAGCGUCCAUGCCGCCCUCCGGGCAAACGACCAGACCGUCUACGGCGGUGUGAAAUAAGACUCUCUUCGUUUGAAAUCAUCCAAUCAGAGACGAUUCUGGAGGUUCCUUUUCAUUUGAUUGGCUAACCGGAAUAAAAAGUACACCAAUCAAUGCCGCCA